CUUUUAUCAAGUGGUGAUUUUAUGCAAUGGCAUCAAGCCACAGUUCUUCACCAGUGCCUCAGUCAAACAGCAGUGAUGCUUUCUUUAAAAAGGAAAUGGAUGUCACGAAACGCUUUCGACCUGUGCAGUCACUGCCUGAUGUGUGUCCCAAGGAACCUACAGGCGAUCCCCAUAAUUUAUGUGACAGCCCAUCUCUAGUUGCGGAUCAGCACAGAUGGACUAUUUAUCAUUCCAAAGUCAAUCUCCCAGCAGCACUAAAUGAUCCUAGGUUAGCAAAAAGGGAAUCUGAUUUCUUUACAAAAACAUGGGGAGUGGACUUUGUGGACACUGAAGUCACGCCUUCAUUCUACCUCCCACAGAUCACCAAGGAACAUUUUGCAUUAUACCAACAGGAAAUCGCUCCGAGAGAGAAGGUUCAUGAAAGAUGCAAGAACAUUUGUACUCGUAAGGAUACUUUCGAUGGGACCCUAUUACACACCCACGAUAAAUCCAGGACAGAUCUGGAACAAGUACCUAAGAUAUUUAUGAAACCAGAUUUUGCAUUGGAAGAUUCCUUAACCUUUAAUGCCGUUUUACCAUGGUCUCAUUUUAGUACUGCUGGUGGAAAAGGAAAUCGUGAUGCAGCUUCCUCCAGGUUACUUCAAGAAAAGCUGAGCCAUUAUCUGGACAUUGUGGAAGUCAAUAUUGCUCAUCAGAUUUCUCUGCGCUCAGAAGCAUUUUUUCAUGCAAUGACCUCUCAGCAUGAGUUGCAGGACUACCUCAGGAAAACCUCCCAGGCUGUAAAAUUACUUAGAGAGAAAAUCGCCCAAAUUGAUAAAGUAAUGUGUGAAGGAUCACUUCGAGUUUUAAGACUGUCACUCACCAGAAAUAACUGUAUAAAAGCAUACAAUAAGCUGAAGUUAAUGGCUACUGUACACCAAACACAGCCCACAGUACAGUUGCUGCUAUCCACUUCUGAGUUCGUUGGAGCUUUGGACUUAAUAGCAACCACACAGGAGGUGUUACAGCAAGAGCUUCAAGGCAUUCACAGUUUCCGGCAUCUUGGCUCGCAGCUUUGUGAACUGGAAAAGCUGAUAGAUAAAAUGAUGAUUGCGGAGUUUUCAACGUACGCUCGCAAUGAUUUAAAUAGACCCUUAGAAGAUGAUUGCCAAAUUCUGGAAGAG